UUCUCAAUCUUCUGCACAUACAGAAUUGCAAAUUACAUGCCUUGUUCUAUCCCAAGUCCUUUUGAUAUAUUUCUCUAUUGAUUCAUGGACACAACGAACGUCCCGUUACAGCCUCCGAGUUUCGGAAACCUUAUUACGGUGUUGAGUAUUGAUGGAGGUGGAAUUCGGGGACUUAUCCCGGGAACCAUCCUCAAUUUCUUGGAGUCAGAACUUCAGAAACUUGACGGUGAAGAUGCGAGAAUCGCCGACUAUUUCGAUGUCAUUGCUGGGACAAGUACUGGCGGACUAGUGACUGUCAUGAUAACUGCACCAAAUGAAAAGAACCGUCCCUUGUUUUCCGCAAAAGACAUCAAAGAAUUCUAUCUUAAUCAUUGUCCUAAAAUCUUCCCCCAAAAAAGCAGAUCCUUGUGGGUAGCAAAGAUCAUCAAGGCGCUGUCGGGUCCAAAAUACAAUGGAAAAUAUCUCCACAAGCUCGUCAAGGAAAAACUUGGCGACACAAAACUGCACCAAACAUUGACCAAUAUCGUUAUUCCCACCUUCGACAUCAGGCUCCUUCAGCCGACCAUAUUUUCCAGCUACGAGCUCAAGAACAAUCCUUCUUUGGAUGUUGCUGUCUCGGACAUAUGCAUUUCGACCUCGGCUGCACCCACUUAUCUUCCCGCUCACCACUUUAAAACUCAAGACGUCGCUACGGGUGAUGUUAGAGAAUUUAAUCUUAUCGAUGGUGGCGUUGCUGCAAAUAACCCCACUUUGUUGGCUAUGGGUGAAGUGACAAAGGAGGCAGUGAGAGGAAACCCUGAUUUCUUUGCCAUAAAACCAACGGAUUACUCAAGAUUUCUAGUCAUAUCUCUUGGGACUGGCUCUCCAAAAGAUGAAAUGAAAUACACAGCCGAGAAGGCAGCCAAGUGGGGCCUGUUGCAGUGGCUAACCGCCGGCGGUUCCACUCCGAUCAUCGACGUCUUUUCUCAUGCAAGUUCUGAUAUUGUGGAUUUUCAUCUCUCUGUUGUUUUCAAAGCCCUUCAUUGUGAAAACAACUACCUUCGCAUUCAGGACGAUACAUUGAGCGACGUCGUAUCCUCCGUUGACGUUGCCACAAAGAACAACUUGAAUGCUCUUGUCGAGGUUGGCGAAAACUUGUUGAAGAAACCAGUUUCGAGAGUGAAUUUGGAGACGGGUGUCUUUGAAGCUUCUAAUGCUGAAACAAAUGGACAAGCUCUUAUAAGGUUCGCAAAAUUGCUGUCGCAAGAGAGGUGGCUGCGGCAUGCGAGGUCGCCUCAUGGAAUGGCCGCCGGUGCAGCUGCUGGCGUCAAAUAAGGAGACUGAAUAUUUUUAUGUUAUGAGAAUUAUUAAUUUUAUUGCAAAUAAAUUGGGUGCAAAAAUUCACUUAUAUAUAUUACAGCACUCCAUCUUUAUGUUUUAUUAUUUUCAUUCUUUCAGUGUAUCCG